CAUGGCGGAGGGGCCGUCGCCCCUCCUGGACCUGCCGGAGCCGCUGCUGCUGCACAUCCUGGGCUUCCUCUCCGACGCGCGGUCGCGGCACCGGGCCGCGCUCUCCUGCAGCCGGCUCCUCGCGGCGGAGCGCCUCACGCGGGCGGCGAUGUCGCUGCGCGGGGACCCGCGCACGCUCGAGUUCCUCGUCCUCCCGCCGGGCUUCCGCUUCCCGGCGCUCCGCCGCCUCGACCUCUCCCUCAUCUCGCCCUGGGGCCACCCGCUGCUCUCCUCCGCCGCCUCCCCCUCCACCUACACCACCAACACCGACCCCCACCACCACCACCACAACCCCGACGAGAUCGCCGAGCGAAACACCUACAUCGCCGCCCGCCUCGCGCACUACUUCCCCGCCGUGUCCUCCCUCGCCGUCUACUGCCGCGACCCCUCAACCCUCGAGGCCCUCGCCCCCCGCUGGUCCCGCACCCUCCACACCGUCAAGCUCGUGCGCUGGCACCAGCGGCCCCUGAACCUCCCCGCGGGCGCGGAUCUCGACCCCAUCCUCCGCACCUGCCCGGCCCUCACCGCGCUCGACCUCUCCGACUUCUACUGCUGGACGGAGGACAUCCUCCCGGCGCUCGCCGCACACCCCUCGGCCGCCGCGGCCCUCACCGACCUCGACCUCGGCCUCGCGGGCGCCGGCAACGGGUUCCUCGCCACCGACCUCGCCGCCAUCGCGCGCUGCUGCCCGAACCUCCGCAAGCUCGUCGCGCCCUGCGUGUUCAACCCGCGCUACGACGACUCCGUCGGCGACGACGCGCUGCGGUCCCUCGCCUCCAGCUGCCCGCGGCUCACGCUCCUGCGCCUCAGCGAGCCCUUCGAGCCGGCGUCCGCCGCCCAGCGGGAGCAGGCGGGCGUCACCGCUCUAGGGUUGAUCGCCUUCUUCGAUGCGCUCCCUGAGUUGGAGGAUCUCACGCUCGACCUCCAGCACGACGUGCUCGAGGCGGCGCCCGCGAUGGAGGCGCUUGCUCGCAGGUGCCCGCGGGUCAGGUUCCUCACGCUGGGGUGCUUCCAGGGGCUCUGCAAGGCCGCCUGGGUGCAUCUCGACGGUGUUUCUGUUUGUGGCGGUCUGGAGUCACUUCGCAUGAAGAAUUGCCAGGAUCUCACCGACGCCAGCCUUGCGGCCAUCGGCCGCGGCUGCGGGAGGCUUGCCAAGUUCGCCGUCCAAGGAUGCGACCUUGUCACGUCGGCUGGGAUCAGGAAGCUCGCUUCGGCUCUCCGGUCUACGCUCAAGGAGGUCAGCGUCUUGCAGUGCCGGUUUCUCAACACCGCGGCGUGUCUCACUGCUCUGAAUCCGAUCCGUGAUCGGAUCGAGAGUCUUGAGAUCAGCUGUGACUGGGAGGAAGUUGAAGAAGAGCCUGCCAAUGCAGCCAACGGAUGUCAUCAUGAGGAUCAUGAGCCUGCCAAUGCAGCCAACGGCGUCAACGGAUGUGAUCACGAGGAUGAGGAUGAGACUGCUGAAACGUCAUAUGAGUCUGCGUCCAAGAAAUGCAGGUACAUGGAGGAAUUGGACAAUUUUAGUAGCUGGGAGAUGCUCCGAUCACUCUCGCUCUGGUUGGCGGCGGGCCAGCAACUCAACCCGCUCAUUUCUGCUGGGCUCGAUAGCUGCCCGUUGCUUGAGGAGAUAUCAAUCAAGGUGGAGGGCGAUCUCCGGACAUGUUCACGACCUUCUCCGGUGUCGGUUUUCGGCUUGAGCGACCUUGGAGCCUUCCAGGUGCUGUCCAAGAUGAAAUUGGACCUCAGUGAGGCGGUCGGUUAUGCACUCACCGCGCCGACGGGGCACAUGGAUCUUGCACAGUGGGAGCGGUUUUACUUGAGUGGCAUCGAAUCUCUUGAGAAUUUGUAUGAGCUGGACUACUGGCCUCCCCAAGACAGGGAUGUGAACCAGAGGAGCCUGUCACUGCCGGCGGUCGCGCUGUUCCAGCGCUCCCUCGGGCUCAGGAAGCUCUUUGUCCAUGGCACCACACACGAGCACUUCUUGAGCUUCUUCCUGAAAAUGCCAAACUUGCGCGACAUGCAGUUAAGGGAGGACUACUAUCCAGCACCGGAGAAUGAUAUGAUGAUCACGGAGAUGCGGCCUGAAUCUUGGCUCCGGUUUGAGGUGCAGCUGAACAACCAGCCCAUUCCUAAUUAACGGUGGAUUCAAAGUUGUAUACAGAGACGCUGCUGGAA